CUCGUUCAGCUACAUAAUUGAACACCUGUCUCUCUCCAAUUCUCAAAUCGGAGACGAAGAUGGUGUUAUCUAAAACCCUAGCGAGGUUGAGCCCUCACAGGUCCUCUACUUCUCUCCCAUCUCGCCUCCCCCACCAUUUCUCCUUCCGGCAAACCACCUCCUCUGGCUCCGCUGCUCUCGGGGCCCAUCCGAUCUCUUCAGCUCCCGCUCAAGAGGAUAAACUAGGUUCGAAGUGGUCAAAACUGUUGCUGUUCUUGCCUGGAGCGAUUACCUUCGGCCUCGGCACUUGGCAGAUCAUCAGACGCCGAGAAAAGAUCGAAAUGCUAGAAUACAGACAUCAACGCCUGAAAAUGGAACCGAUGAAGCUAAAUACGGAAUACUCAUCUAGUGUGAAUCCGGACGCGUUGGAGUUUAGACGGGUCGCAUGCAAAGGUGUUUUUGAUGAGCAAAGGUCAAUCUACUUGGGUCCACGGUCUAGGGCAAUAUCAGGUGUGACUGAAAAUGGAUACUAUGUCAUUACACCUCUGAUGCCGAUUCCUGGCGAUCUGGAUAGCGUGCAGUCACCUAUUCUGGUGAAUCGUGGAUGGGUUCCUCGGAGUUGGAGAGAAAAGUCUUUGGAAUCCAAAGACAUGGAUGUUUCUGAAAACCAAUCAGCGAAAGCUAGUGACGAAAAACCCUGGUGGAAGUUCUGGUCUAAGAGACUUGCCAUCACUGAGGAUCAAGUUGCGGCUCUUACGACUGUUGAAGUCAUAGGUGUCAUCCGUGGAAGCGAGAACCCGAGCAUAUUUGUUCCACCAAACGACCCGAGUUCGGGACAGUGGUUCUAUGUGGAUGUUCCUGUGAUGGCACGAGCUGUAGGCCUUCCUGAGAACACAAUCUACAUAGAGGACACACAUGAAGACAUCAACCCGAGUAGACCUUACCCUGUUCCGAAGGACGUCAACACAUUGAUCCGUAGUAAGGUCAUGCCGCAGGACCAUCUCAAUUACUCGUUAACAUGGUACUCUCUGUCGGGGGCAGUCACUUUCAUGGCGUACAAGAGGUUGAGACCAAAGCCUACCCGGAGAUAGCAACACCCUUCUGUUCUGUGCUCUCAUUCUCUUUUUAUGUUACUACUGACCAGUUUUCCAGCAUGGUUAUAACCAAAUUUAGAGAGAGAGUUCUCGUUUUGCUUUGGAUUGUUGUUAUACAUUACCAGAGUUAGAAUAUUAUAUUUUGAAGGGAAAAUUAAAUCCACAUUUGAUUACAAUUCUUUUUUA